AGGGAGAGAGAGAGAAAGAGAAAUGGCGCCUCGGCUCUCCACUAGCUGAGACACAGUCAAAACGAAGGCAACUGACAAGAGCUACAGGACAGAACCCGUCUAUCAGCAGGACGGACAGCAAUUAUGGUGAACACUAGAAAGAGCUCGGAGAACAAGGCCACCAGUCCCUUCAUCUCGGGCCGGACGCGGUCGUCUCAGAGGAACAACCCAAACUUGGACGAGCACAACAGCCGUGUAAGGAAGAGAGAGACACCGGCUCCUUAUUCUCUUCGCCAGCCGAAGGAGACCAGCAGUGAUGUUAACAGCAGUAGCCCAUGUUUGUCCCCACCGCCCAAGCGGACACGCAGGCAGACACCCCCGAGUUCAACUGAUACUUCCCCAAGCCCCAAGAGUAAAGGCCAGAGAGGCACAUGGAACAUGCCUAGACACUGUACCAGGUUGUCCACUGGUGCCUUGCAGAAUGUACACCGCCGAAUGAACCUGCGGGGUGAUACUACAUCAGAUGGGGACCACGGUCACAUGAACGGUCAUGUUGAGCUCAAAAGAAGCCGCCGUGUCAGAAAGAGCCAGUUCGAACACCUCAAUCAGAGUUUACUUUUCGACCAGCUUGUCAACAGUACGGCAGAAGCAGUUCUUCAAGAGAUGGACAACAUCAGCAGCAUUCGGCAGAAUCGGGAAUUGGAGCGCCUUCGCAUGUGGACGGACACUGAACUGGAAAACAUGGACAUGUACUCCCGCGUGAAGAGGAGGAAAUCGAUGCGGAGAAACACAUUUGGAAUGCAGACGCAUCACAAAGCCCUCAGCAAAUCGAAGGACCCCGAAGAGGAGGAAGGAACUGAAGAGUCUCAUGAUGAAGAAGAGGAGGAUGAAGAUGUAGAGGCAGAUGAUGAUGAUGAUGAAGGAGAUGAGGCAGAAGAAGCUGGAGAGGAAAACGACAGACCUUAUAACCUCAGGCAGCGUAAAACUGUGCAGCGUUAUGAAGCUCCCCCAAUAGAACCAGUGAACAGGAGGCAAAGCAAGGGCAAUCUCUUUGACACACACAGAUCUCCUGCAAGAAGAAGCCAUAUUAGAAUAAAGAAACAUGCAAUUCACAGUAGUGAAUCAACAUCAUCAUCUGAUGAAGAACGCUUUGAGAGGCGGAAAAGCAAAAGCAUGAGCAGAGCUCGUAACAGGUGUCUACCCAUGAACCUGCGGGCAGAGGAUCUGGCCAGCGGUGUACUUCGGGACCGUGUAAAAGUGGGUGCCAGUUUAGCGGAUGUUGAUCCUAUGAAUCUGGACAUUUCUGUGAAGUUUGACAGUGUUGGAGGUCUUACCCAUCAUAUCCAGUCUUUGAAAGAGAUGGUUGUGUUUCCUCUACUAUAUCCAGAAGUGUUCGAGAAGUUUAAAAUCCAGCCCCCAAGAGGAUGCCUGUUCUAUGGACCUCCAGGAACAGGUAAGACACUGGUGGCGCGGGCUUUGGCUAAUGAAUGCAGUCAGGGGGACAGGAAGGUGUCUUUCUUCAUGCGCAAGGGCGCCGACUGCCUCAGCAAAUGGGUGGGAGAGUCUGAGCGACAGCUCCGCCUACUUUUUGACCAGGCAUACCUCAUGAGACCCUCCAUCAUCUUCUUCGAUGAGAUUGAUGGUCUCGCUCCUGUGCGCUCUAGCAGACAGGAUCAAAUUCACAGCUCCAUAGUGUCCACAUUACUGGCAUUGAUGGAUGGUUUGGACAGUCGGGGGGAGAUAGUGGUCAUCGGUGCUACUAACAGACUAGACUCUAUCGACCCUGCACUCAGGAGGCCCGGGCGCUUUGACCGGGAGUUUCUGUUCAACCUGCCUGAUAAAAAGGCUCGAAAGCACAUUCUAGAAAUCCACACCAGGGACUGGAGCCCCAAGCUAGCUGAACCCUUCAUAGAUGAGCUAGCGGAGAAAUGUGUGGGUUACUGUGGGGCCGACAUCAAAGCACUUUGCACAGAGGCUGCGCUAGCGGCUCUGCGGCGGCGCUAUCCUCAAAUCUACGGCAGCAGCCAGCGUUACAAGCUGGAUGUGGGCUCCAUUGUUUUGGGGCCGCAAGACUUUGGCCGUGCCCUGCGCUCCAUAGUACCUGCAGGCCAGAGGGCCCUUGCCCCGCCUGGUCAGGCUCUCUCCUGCGUGUUGAGGCCCUUGCUGGAGCCCACGCUGGUCCAAACGCUAGCCUGUCUGAUGCGAGUCUUCCCCCAUGCAGAGCUGCUGCACAGGGAACACACACAUGACACUGACAAUCAUCUGUUGGUGGAGGACUCGUACAGCGAGGACGAGGAGUGUCUUGGUGCUCCCUCUAUAUAUGAAAAUCAGUCAGGAUCCCCGAAGAAAGCAGCUUCCUCAACGACCCAUAAACCCUUUCUCCACUUUACCACUUCUGCCUAUCAGAAGCCGACCUCUUACCGGCCGCGGCUGAUGCUCACGGGGCCUCAGGGUGCGGGGCAGAGCACACACCUGGCCCCUGCAGUGUUGUAUCACCUGGAGAAGUUCACUGUGCACAAUCUCGACCUUCCCACGUUGUACUCAGUCAGUGCCAAAACCCCUGAGGAGUCCUGCGCUCAGGUGUUUCGUGAGGCUCGGCGGUGUGUCCCCAGCGUGAUCUACAUGCCUCACAUCAGUGACUGGUGGGAAGCCAUCAGUGAGACUGUGAAGAGCACCUUCCUCACACUGCUGCAGGAUGUGCCCUCAUUCACCCCGCUCCUCAUCCUAUCCACAGCAGAGACUGUCUACCAGCAGCUCCCAGACGAGCUCAAGUGCAUCUUCAGUCAUUCAUACGGGGAGGUGGUUUGUUUAACCACACCGGGGGAGGAAGCUCGCAGGAGAUUCUUUUCUGACCUCAUUCUGGUGCAGGCAGCAAAGGCGCCACCCCGCAGGAGAAAAACAGUGUGCAAUCUGGAGGUGCUGCCCCUCGCUGAGGACCCCAGCCCUCGACAGCUCUUUCCAGAGGAGCAGAGGCGACUGGUUGAGCAGGAGGACAACACCUUGCGUGAGCUCCGCCUCUUUCUCAGGGACGUCACAAAGCGGCUUGCCACUGACAAGCGCUUCCUCAUCUUCAGCAAGCCCGUAGAUAUUGAAGAGGUGUCGGACUACCUUGAGGUUAUCAAGCAACCUAUGGAUCUGUCCACCAUCAUGAUGAAGAUCGACACUCACAAGUACACAGUCGCCAAGAAUUUUCUAGCGGACAUUGACCUCAUAUGCAGCAACGCGUUAGAAUACAAUCCAGACAAGGACCCGGGAGAUAAAAUCAUCCGCCACAGGGCCUGCAGCCUGAAGGACACGGCGCAUGCCAUGAUUGCCUCCGAGCUGGACCCCGAGUUUGACCGCAUGUGCGAGGAGAUCAACGAGUCCCGCAGGAAGAGAGGGUCUCAGACCACACCGCAGCCGCCCGUCACUCCAAGCGCUGUGGCGACCGGGAAGCCUACAGGAGAAGAGGCAGGGUUAAGCAGUUCUCAGGGUGAUGGAGUGGACAAGCACUGCAGCAAUAACAUAAAGCGUAAACUGAGGAGGCGACCAAUAUGGGGGCGGGGCAUCAUCAGGAAGAAAAAGAUUUAUAAGAAGGAGGAAGCAGAGGAGGAUGAAGACCCAGAAGAGGAGGAGGGGGCAGAUGACUCCACUGCAACAGCACAAGGUGACACUUGUCUCACCCAGGACGAGUCUUCCUGCGACAUCAUGGAGCUCCAUCCUAACAAACAGCCACUGCAGGCCAACGGACACGCCAUCUCCACAGAGGAGGAGAAUUCCUGUGAGCCGACAACUGCUCCAGACUCUCAGGGCCAAGAGGAGGCCAACCAGACCUCCACGGAGGAGGCUUCCAGUGGUAAGGAGCCGACGGAGGCCCCUGUGGUCUCCGCUUCUCAGGAGUGUGUGAAUGGAGACGAGUCUAUGGACAGUGUGGACAGUGAGGCCCAUGGUAAAGAAACAGAGGGAGGUGAAAGCGAAGUGACUGCAGAUUUGGGCUCUAUUAAAGGAAUUGCACUUGAGGAGAAACCAGCGGUGCAGAAAGAAUCAUCUGCCCCAGAAUGCAAUACAAAGGAGACUGUGACUGCAGUGGAGGGAACGUUGUGUGAUGGAGAACAUGAAAAAUAUGAAUCAUCAAUAGGGAAGAAAUGUGGGAAAGUUCCACCUGAAAAGCAGCAUGAGUUGUUGACUGACAGACCUGAGGAACCUCCACAGUUUCUGCCAACUCCUGAUCUUGUGGUUGACCAUCAGCGUCUCAAGAAUCUGUUGGAAUGGGUGGUUUUGAAGAGCGAAGGCUUCAGUGUGGAUCAUCUAGAGAGACUGUACUCUGUGCUCAGCCAGUGUAUUUACCAGCACCGCAAAGAUUACGACAAGACUCGCCUUAUAGAGGCGAUGGAGAGGCAAGUUCAGAAUUUCGAGACAUUCCUGUGUUGAAAAGAGGGCUUUCAGCGAGAGACGUAAUCAGAGUCUCUUUUAAUACUCGAGGGAGAGGCCAGCGUUCCAAGCCAAGUUCCUAACACGGAGUUGGUCUGGACAUCUUGGUCUUAAAUGACAAUGGAAAAAAAAAAGGUGCAGACAAUUGAAACAAAGACUUACAGAGGCGACCUUGGUGCUAUCAUCUCAGGUACCUGGACAGAACCAGUCUACAGAACCAAACACAAAAACUCUGUAGAUUUCGUUUUCUUUUGUUUGUUUCAUAAACUCACGUACAUGCCAACUGCUGAUGACCGUUCUUGGUGCUAUUGGGUGCUAUUGUUUUUUCGUCUGCUGCUCUUCGUUCUCCUCAUAAACAAGCAAACAAAAACCCAGACAAACAGUACGAAACAAAAGUUUGUGAUGUCAAAGUGCAACCUCAGCCUCCGUCUACUGGAAGCGAACACACACUUGCAACACAGAUUCUCACCAGCAGAGGCAAAACUGUAUAAGGAUGGCGUGAGGCCCUAAUGGUCGAGUCAGUUGGUCAUUUACUGUGGAAACAAACUACAUAACCCAUUUUCUACAUUCACCCUCCCCUUGUUACGAUUGUAAUUGUUUUCUACUGGAUGAUAAUUGUAAGAUUCCAAGGCUUCUAUAUUAUGAACCAAGAUUUCCUAGUGAAAAAUGCCCUCCUAUUAAUACUAUUUGUCCCCUUUAAUCUGUUUUAAUAGAAAACAAACUAAAAUAAAUUGAGAGAUUUUUAAUUUUAGUUGUAUAAAAUAGAUCUUUAGGAGAAAUAAAGGAAAUGUAAGACCCAUUGCAUAUUUUCCCUUUAGGACUAGUCCAUUGUUUUGUUUUUGGCAUUUUUCCUGGUAUAACUGGAUUUAAAACUAGAUAUCUGGCGAUUGCACUGCCUAGCAUGUGCCUUAACCCCUAAAGUAGUAUCUUACAAGCUGAAGAACAUCACAGACUUACACAUUUUUGUGACGAGCCACUCUCCUGCUGCUUUCGAAGCAUAUAUUGACCAGGAUCCAUGACCGUCUUUGUUGUCUUGCAGUUUUAGAUACUUGAUGUGUUAAAUCAUUUGCCAAUCUCUUCUCAACGUCUCACAUCUGGUCUCCAUGGUUUGUGUGCAUCAGGUUUCUUGCCCAAAUCAGUUGCAUGUUGUGAUUUUCUUUUGCAAUGUUAUUGUAAUGUCAAAUCAAAAAAUAUGGAGUAAAAAGAAUGCCGCUUUUUUAGCACGAAAAUAAUUGAAGGAAAUGUUGGAAUGGCAGUCUAGGCAGUGCUGAAUUUUUAACAUAAGCAUUAUUUUUGUGUUUGUUUUUUACAUUUUAGUUCGUCCUUUAUAGUGUUGACUUUUUUGCUAUCUUGUACAGUCUAAUGUUGUGCUAAAUCCUUAGUAGUUUGCUAUCAUAUUAAAGGGUUAGUUCACCCAAAAAUGAUAAUUCUGUCAUUUACUCAUCCUCAUCUCAUUCCAAACCUGUAUGACGUACUUUCUUCUGUGGUCACCAUUCACUUUCAUUGUAGAGACAAAAGGUGACUAAGGUUAACGUUCUUUUAAACUGCUUUCUUGUGCACUGGAAGAAAGUAAUAUGGGUUUGAAACAGCAUGAGCAUGAGAAAAGGACUUUUGGUUGAACUAUCCCUUUAAUAAAAUGAUUUCAGUCCGAUUUUGAAAGUGCAAGUAGAAUUAACCAAGUUCUCCCUCUCAAACGUGUUCUUUCAUUGGUUUGUAAAGAACAUUGAUCCAAGUUUGAGUCAUCUUGUCCUUGUCUAGGAUUGGGUGCUGUAAAUGAAAAGGAGAAAAUACCAAAAAACAAAAAAAGAAAACACUCUUUAAGACACAUGCAAGGAAAAAAAUGAGUUAGCUUUGGACUACUGCAGUACAUUUGAGAGAGACAGAACCACAGCUACCUCUGCAAGCUGUUUUCAUGCAAAGAGAGAAAAGGGAUGACCUGUUUACUGACAAACCAUAUUUGUUGACCUCUGUAAAAUCACUUCAUCCCUUCAGAAAUUCGAGCUAAGGUACUGGAUCACCUCUCGUACGUGAAUGACGCGUCAUGCAGCAGUAAUUCUCGGGUGUGUUUGGAUUUUAUCAUUUGUAUUUCAUUUUUGGGUUGUACUGCUUUUGAGCCAAGAAAAGAAAUGGCAUUUUGAUAUUGGUGAAAUGUUUAUACUAUAUAUUUCAAUUUUUCUACAUUUUCAUCCCAUGAUUACUGUUUUGAUUUGAUAUUAGUAUUUUCCAACACAGGCCAUUUUCAAGUGAUGAUUUUUUUUUUUUCUAUCUCUAAUGAUAGAAGUCUAUCUGUCUCUAAUGUUUUGCUUUCUCCUUUCAGUCUGCUUCAUUACCGUUGUUGUGGUGUUUCAAGUUUUGCAAUAUUAGUCACAUUUUCUUGCUUUUUCCUUCAUUCGAUUAACUGUCUGUUUGUUAUUUAUUAAAUUAUUGAACAUUCUUUUAACAUGCAUAUGUUCAACAUUUUGUAAACCGUUUUUUCUGCGGAGACUAAUUGGAAAAUUGUUACGCGACUUAUUAAAUUUGUGCCGAGAUACGAUGUAGCACAUUUUUGUAGCAGGUGUUUUGCGACGUUCAGCAACGGGGGUUUAACUGGUCUCAGGUCUGCUACAUUAAUGAACCUAUUUAUUCCAUUAAGGGUGGAAAGGCUUCUUUUUAAUUUUAAAGUGUUACCAUUUAGGAUGAGACUGACGAUUAUGCGGCUAUUGUGCGUUUUACGGUCCCUCUCCAGCGCCUUAACAUUGGCAUGUUUGCUCGGUGUAGCAUUGGAAAACAAAACUACUGUAAUGCUGACCACUUGUGCAUAAACAUGUUGGUAUGUUUAUCUCAAAUCUGGAAUAAAACUGUGAACAUUUACAAGUAUUAGUUGACGUUUCAGCUAAUUUUCCACUCCAUGUUCACUUAAGUCACCUGUUCUUUGGUCAUUCGCUAUUUUCACAAAUAAAAUGUAAAUGGUAUUUGAAAAGAUGACGUAAAUUUGGCCGUAAAUAAAACCUUCAUGAACAUAACUUGGAAAUAAAAUGUUGCAUUUCAGAAACAUCAUUAAUGUAUUUUUUUUUUUUAGCAAUUUAACACGUAACACUUCAAUCCUGCAUUAAGCUGUUACAAUGGGGGCACGGAAGAUAUACAGUAUGAAGUUCCUUUAGUUGACGCAAGCCUAAAUGUUGCUCUUUUAUUGUUUGAGUGUAGUAAGUCUAUAGAAUAAUAGUAUUUUGCCUAAUUUAGGUGUUAUGAAACUAAACCCACUUUUUCAGUGUAAUUACUGGAUAAGUUCAAGAUCAGAAAUGUACAUUACAAUUUGUCAAUUUUGGAGAGGUUUGUAAAGUAACAAUUUUCUUUGUCAAUAUUUUUAGUUAAUUCCAGCUAAUCAGUAGAUCUAUACCCAUUUACUUACUGAGUUACAAGGUUGAGGGAUUUUUUUUAUUUUUUUUUUUAAUAACAGAAUUUGACCUUUAUUGUACAAAGCAAAUCAAAACCACACACAUUGUUCUGUCCUUCCUUCAGUCCUUCUUUUGUGAAAGUCCUCUUGGAAAUGAUAUAUUUACUGUAAUUUCUGAAAUAAACUGCUGUGAUAUACUUGAAUAAAUGGUGCAAAUUGAA